UACCGUUUAUGGUGCAAGUCAGUGAGUAUAAAAACUACCAUCAGCUAGAAGAAUGUAUCAUUGAACAUUUCAACUGUUUAAAAUGAAAAUUCUUCUGAUUCUCGCCUUGGCCACUUUGGCAUAUUCUGCCAAACUUAACAACAAUCAGCCAACAUCCAACAACCUUGAUUUACUUCGCUCUCGAAAUUUACUUGAUGACUUUAGGGACAUCAAAGCACUGAUACCCCAACGUGAAAUUAUUGAUCUCAUUCGUAGAUAUUUGAAAAAUGAUGAAGAAUUUAAACGAAUUAUUCUCUACUUUGGAUCUUCGGAUGUUUACAAUGCUGGAAGAAUAAUUGCCAAACAACCAGAAUUAAGAGAAUUUUAUGGAUGGCUGAAAAAACAAAUUCGUGCAUCACUUGAUUCUUUGAAUAAUCUUUCCGAUGAUAGUUAUUCUGAGGAAUAUGGUAAUCUUCUUAACUACAAACCAAACCAACAACAACAGCAACAACAACUGCAAUCAUUGCGGGGUUGGAAGGGAUUUAUGGAGGAACUACUUGCAAUUUAUCCAAAUAAGAAAAUUGAAAACCUAAUACGUGAUAAGGUUGCUGCCAAUGGUGUAUUUGCUGAAUUUUGGAGAAAAAUAACUGCCCUUAGACCAGUAUAUGAACGAAUUUUGAAGACUGAUGAAGUGAUUAAGGUAAUUGGAAGACUGCGUAAGCUUGGAGUUGAUACUAAGCAAUUGGAUCAAUUGAUUCGUGAGGACUUUGGUUGGAAGGCUGUAGGCUUAGGUGCAUCAUCAGGUGAAGAACAGAAACUUCUGGGAAAUUCGAAAUAUCAAAACUAUAAUCCCAGCAAAGGGCAGAAGGCUCCUCUAGCCUAAAGUACUUAUUUACAAAAAAGCAUUAUGAAUAUUUGAGUCAUGUAUUCUUUAUUUUUUUAAUAACAUCUUUUAUCACAAUAUAUAAAAUAAACCGCA